UUCUAGUCCCCCCCUUGUUCUCCCUUCCAGCGUGGUAGCCUUGGUAGCACCAAAUAACUCAUUACACUGCCUGGUCCACUCUCCGUACUUUGUCUGUACCCCGCCGCAUUCUUAGGCAACGCGUCUACGACCACCACAGGAUUGUGUUUCGUGUUUGGCACCUAAUGUAUUUCCACACUAACAUCCGUGAAGGGCAAACACUCGUCUUUUCUCUCUGAACCUCAGACUGCUAUCAUCUCCGAACUGCCUAUUCCAUUAUCUCUUUCCAUACUCAAACAUGGCGUCCGCUGCCAUUCCACUGAACCCUCAAGCAAGCAAUGUGGGCCACCUCCUGCCAAAGCUUUACGAUGCAGACUCCGACCUAAGAUAUAUGGCCUUGAACGACCUGUUGCAGAUGUUCAACCUCGCUCACCCGAAUUUUCUCUCCUCCGACUAUAGUAUCUGUGCGAAGACGGUUGAUGGCUUGCUCCACACCCUGAACGAUACGAAUGGCGAAGUCCAGAACAUGGCUAUAAAAUGCUUAGGGCCUUUUGUAAACAAAUGUCCAGAAUCUAUACUAUGUCCGUUACUAGACAAAGUCUCGCAGAUCGAAACAGGAAACAUUGUGGACAGCUCUAUACCAGCACUGGCACUACGCGAGAUUGUUGUCUCUUUUCCACGGCCCUCGCCCGGUGUACCACGGAAGAAACAGGUUCAAGAUGCAUACGCUGCCAUCAGUAAAGCUCUAAUUCCUCGACUUGUCGGCCACAAUGUCAUGCCUUCUCAAAAGACACCAGCUACAUCACCUCCGUCCAUGUUACAAGCCGACGUUGACGCAGGCACCGAUACCAACGCCAUAGACGCCCUUACUGAGGUUGCACGUUGUUUUGGUAGCAUGCUACAUGAAAGAGAAAUAGAAGCCCUUCUAAAGACAACUUUCGAUAUACUACAAGCGGAGAAAGCGAAUUCUGUGUUGAAGAAGAAGAGCGUGGUUGCAAUUUCAGCCCUGGCGCCGCACUUCUCCGAUCUACUGUUAAGCUCGUUCAUUUCGCAGCUAAUCGAAAAUCUGGGAGAUCCGCAUCUCACGCAUGGAAAGAAGAGAUUGUACAUCACAAUCCUCGGAUCCAUGUCACGGUCAAUCCCAAAGAAGUUCGGCCCAUAUCUCAAGACGUUAGCACCUUUUGUUCUCAGCGCUUUAAGCCAAGAAGAUCUUGAUGAGGAUAUGGGUUCCGAUGAGGAUGAAUCCCGCGAUCCUGAGGUAGAUGAGGUGCGCGAGGCUGCUCUGACAGCUAUAGACGGCUUCCUUGCGUCAUGCUCUCAGGACAUGUACAUGUACACACCCGAAGUCGUCUCUGCGGCGAUUCGGUUCCUCAAAUACGAUCCUAAUGUUCGAGACGAUGAAGACGAUGAUGAUGACGAAGACGAGAUGGACCCGAACGACGAUUUUGAAGACGAUGAUUUUGAGGAAGAUGCUGGUCAAGAUGACGAAGAUGACAGCAGUUGGAAAGUGCGCAGAUGUGCUGCGAAAGCCCUUCAUACGCUUAUAGCGACCAGGAGUGGUGAUCUGAUACCUGAUGGUACUCUAUAUCAGUCUGUUGCUCCUUCACUCAUAGGCCGAUUCAAAGAGAAGGAAGAGAGCGUUCGUCUUGAGGUAUUGAGCAGUCUGUCAACGUUAGUCCGUAAUACCGGCGACGGCUCUGCAUCUGCAUAUCACCUGCAAGCAAAUGGAGCUCAUACAGCUAUGGGUCCUCCACCAACCCGUAAGCGAAGGAGAGGUGGCAGCGAUGCAAGUAUGGUGGAUUCUCAAACCUUGAAAUCAGUGUCUGCUGGUUAUGACUCUCCCGCUCCAGCUUCGCCACCGACUGGGCCUCGGGCAAACCUAGCCUCAAUUAGUCCAGACAUCGUGCGUGGCUUAGAUCCGCUUCUGAAGACUGGUCCCGUUCCUACUAAGCAGGCAUCGAUCAUUCUCCUGAGGGACAUCGUUCUUACACAGCAUGGAGGUCUGAGUGGUUUCCUAGACCAGAUUAUGGGACCCAUUAUCGAUGCGAUCAGAACAUCUGGAACUCAUGCCACCGCAACGUCUGGAUUUUCUUCGUCCGUAACAGCUAAUAGUCUGAGGAUGGAAUCUUUACGACUGCUGGGAUCCAUCGCAGAUCUACAUUCGUCCAAAGGCCUACAGCCCUUCCUUGCCAAAGUUGUACCAGUACUUAUUGUAGCCGCACAGGACAAAUACAGCAAAGUCGCAGUCGAAGCACUCAUUAGUGUCGAACAGGUGAUUAAGGCGCUCACCCCUCCCAGAGCAGCCUCUCAGGAGCAACAAAAUCGGGUCUAUUUGGAACAACUAUAUGAUCUCCUAGCACAUCGAAUCUCUUCGAAAGAUGUCGACACAGAGGUUCGCCGAAAGGCUGUUCAUGUGCUAGGUCUCUUGAUUGGUAGAACCUCGGGUACUCCUGACCUUCUUUCUCCUAGUAAGAGGCAAGAGGGCUUGGACGCACUCCUUGUCCGUCUCAAAAACGAGCUCACACGGCUGGCAACCGUCAGGGCAGUCGACGUGAUCGCAGCCCAUACCCAAAGCACUCAUGAUCUAAGUUCGCCUUGGGUCAGAGAGGUGACGACAGAGCUAGGCGCGCAGUUACGCAAGUCAAGCAGAUCCCUCAGAGGGGCAAGCCUGUCUGCUUUGAAGACUUUGACCUUAUCAUCCCCAUGCCGAGAGCUUUUGGAUGCUCCCACAAUUAAGGCAGUAAUCGAGAUGCUGCUACCGAUCCUAUCAGGCGAAGACCUACAUAUGCUUGGUCCAGCCCUAGUGAUUCUGGCAACAUUCAUCAAGGACAAUGGUAAGAAAUAUGCCACACCUGACUUUAACAGUGCAGUGUGCAAUGUUACCACUUUUACGGUGACGGGAUUAGCGUUGGAAGCAUACCUUGCGCUCGUCCGUGCUAUUGGUGAACAGGGCGCUGGCAAAGAUUUGAUGCAAAAGUUCCUCAGCAUAGGGGUUAGCGGAGCGCCAGACAUUACUGGUAGAUCUAUUGGCACAUUGCUGGUAUAUGGUAGUCAAGUGGACUUGGGUGUCAAGCUGGAGCAGUUUCCCCAAGAGCUCAAAUUUCCAGAAGAUCGCCGUCAAUGCCUCGCCGUAACUGUGCUCGGAGAAGUCGGGUUCCAAAUGGGCACAAACUCGCCUCUACCACCAAGCCAAUUCAUUGAAUGUUUUCAAGCGCGUUCUGAUAAGCUACCCUUAGCUGCGGCUAUCGCAAUGGGACGAGCUGGCUCGAGCAAUAUCAAGGUAUUCUUGCCUAAGAUUCUAUCAGCUAUGGGACAGCAAUCGAGCCCCCAAUACCUUCUCAUGCAUUCUAUCAAGGAGAUACUGCAGCACAAGGAAGCCGAGGCUGAGGUCCUCCCAUACGCGCAAACCCUCUGGCAGAAUCUUGUUGCAGCUUCACAGGCCGAGGACAAUCGCGCUAUUGGUGCCGAGUGUAUCGGCAGACUAGCUAUCAUCGAUCCCAAGACAUACCUCCCACAACUUCAGAAUAUGCUGAGCGACAGAAACGUUAUUGUUCGCGGAAUGGUGACGGCAGCCCUGCGUUACACGCUGGCAGAUACAGAUGAAAGCUAUGACCAAUACCUCAGGCCAAUCGUCAUCGGUAUGCUUUCGAAGAUGCUGAAUGAGAGUGAUCUGGAAAAUCGCCGUUUGGGACUUACAACUUUCAACUCUGCCAUGCAUAACAAGCCCGAACUCAUUCUGCCACAUUUGAACGAGCUACUUCCAUUUGCAAUGCGAGAGACAAUAAUCAAGCCUGAGCUCAUUCGCGAGGUGAAAAUGGGUCCGUUCACACACAAAGUGGAUGACGGUCUCGAGAUCCGCAAGAGCGCAUACGAAACGCUGUACGCCUUGCUUGAAUCUGCGUUCAAUCGCUUGAACGUGUCUGAAUUCUUCGACCGUGUCAUUGCCGGCAUCGGUGAUGAACACGACAUACGAAUACUUUGCAAUUUGAUGGUGACAAAACUGAUGGUCGUCACGCCAGACGAGACCUCUUCCCGCCUACAACCAAUCUCGGAGAAGUUUCGCGCUGUGUUGUCUGUUAAGCCUAAAGAUAAUGCAGUGAAACAGGAGCUCGAGAAGAUGCAAGAGUCGUCUAAAGGUGUCCUCAAAGUCUCGGUUCAGCUCAACAAGACUUUUGCUGCUGACCUUGGAUCCGAAAACCCGAACUCCAGGGCAUGGCAGGAGUAUUUUGGUUGGGCAUCGAAGGAACACGGCACCCUGCUGAAGAUAGCUGAAGAUGAAAUGAAGGAGAAGGAAAGAUGAGGAUUCUUGUGUUGUGGAAAAUGAAGAUAUUGGGUUGUGUGUUUAUGCGAAGAUACCAGCAUACAGCGAAAAGUUAUACCCAUAAGCAUGCAUGUAGGUAGGAUACCUUGUCCUAGUAAUUGAAUACAUGCGUCCGGUCCAUCGAAAGGGACUACCUACGUCAAGUAGAACCCGAUAAGACUCCAUCUCUUAUCUUCUACUAUCAUCCAAGUCUGUCGGUCCUCGUGGACUAUAUAGCGGAUACGAUGACAUCUACUUGUCUUUUCUGAACUUCUGAAUAUCUAUGAAUAGAGGAGUACUAGGGACGUUCAUCAUUGCCCUAGUAGUUCAAGUGUGCAUGGUUUACGUCAGAAAUCAAUCAGACUGAGACGGAAGCCUUGUAAUGACUACAAUGGUAAAUUGUCGUUACCAACCAAAAGACGUGCACUACCGAAAGAUACAUGAGGUCUUAGUGUGUGUCGGAAGGGUAUGCCAU